ACCAAGCGUGAAGUUCUACGGACUUUAAUGCUCAUAUACGAUCCACUGGGAUUUCUCGCAAACUUUCUUAUGUUUCUUAAAGUCCUUCUCCAAGAAAUCUGGCGUUCGGGAAUACAGUGGGACGACCCGAUCAAUGAGCAGCAGUUUGCAAAGUGGUGCAUUUGGUUGAAGGUGUUACAACAAGUCGAAAACGUCUCUAUUCCAAGAUGUUACAGAAAGCAUACCUCUUCCUCCCUCGCAACAAAUUUGAUUCAAAUUCAUGUGUUCGUGGAUGCAAGCGAAAAUGGCUACGCUGCCGUUGCUUAUUUGCGCUUUGAGGAAGAUGUCGUGGAGUGUGCCUUUGUCACCGCAAAAACCCGCGUAGCUCCCCUUAAAUAUAUGUCAAUUCCCAGACUAGAACUGAAAGCAGCAGUGAUUGGAGCACGACUAGCGAAGGAUAUAGUAGAAACUCAUCGUCUUUCCAUAUCGAAACGAUUUUUCUGGUCUGAUUCACGUGACGUGCUAUGUUGGUUGAGGUUCGACCAUAGGAGGUAUACAAAAUAUGUUGGAGCCCGCGUCGGUGAAAUCCUGGAAAAAACUAGUGUUGCUGAAUGGAACUGGGUCCCAACCAAACUUAACGUAGCUGAUGAAGGGACAAAGUGGCAGAAAACUCCAAAUCUGAACCCAUGUAGCAGAUGGUUUAAAGGUCCGGACUUCAUUUGGCAACCACAAAGCGAAUGGCCAGAACAACUGACAUGUUAUGGCUGGACGGAUACUGAAAGCGUUCAACAAAUCAACGUACAUUUGAUACAAGAGCCCCUGAUUAACUUCAACGAUCACUCUAACUGGAUGAAACUGGUACGUUUGUUAGCCUACAUUAUUCGUUAUCCCCGUAACAUUCGUGCCAGACGGACUGGUAAAGAGCCAAAGGUUGGCGUAUUGCAACAGACGGAAUUGCUGGAUGCCGAGUGUCAUAUCUAUCGAAUGGCUCAGCUGGAGGAAUUUAGUGAGGAGUAUGCAUUGCUAUCUAAUAUCAACCAGAAUGGAACUCGUGUCCCAAAGUCUAGUGCUCUCUACGGCCUUUCACCUUUCCUAGAUGAACGAGGAGUGCUACGAAUGAAAAGCAGAAUUUCGAAUUGCAGGUUUGUAAGCUCAGAUACUGCGUGUCCCAUUUUGCUCCCGAAGAGUCACCGUGUCACGACUUUAGUCGUCACGUUUGUUCACGAACGCUACCACCAUCUUAAUCACGAAACAGUAGUGAACGAACUAAGACAGAAGUAUUAUAUCCCGAAACUUCGAAGAGUCUGCAACAAAGUUCAUCGUGACUGCCAAGCCUGUAAGAAUGCCAACGCUCGGCCUCAACCACCAAUGAUGGCCGAUCUACCUCCAGCAAGGCUCGCCGCCUGUUCCAGACCUUUCUCUUAUGCUGGAAUCGAUUAUUUCGGCCCGAUGCAGGUUGCAGUUGGUCGACGUGUCGAGAAACGAUGGGGAGUCCUAAUCACCUGUUUAGUCGUACGUGCAGUACACAUAGAGAUUGCCCACUCAUUAACGUCCAGCUCUUGCAUAAUGGCCAUUCGAAACUUCAUAGCCAGGCGGGGUACACCUGUUGAAAUCUUCAGUGACCGUGGGACCAACUUUGUAGGAGCAAGUCGCGAACUAAUUGAAGCCUCCAGAAGCCUAGAUCAAGACGAGAUGAUGCGAGAGUUCGUUAGUGCAGACACGAAAUGGUCAUUCUUACCACCCAAUAGUCCCCAUAUGGGUGGAAGCUGGGAGAGGCUUGUGCAAUCGGUGAAAAAGAUUCUGAACAACAUGAAUCUCCCAAGGCUACCAACCGACGAAGUUCUACGAAACAGUUUAUUAGAGAUCGAAUUUAUUAUCAACUCGCGCCCCCUCACCUAUGUUCCAAUCGAAAAUGCUGACUGUGAAGCAUUGACGCCCAAUCAUUUCUUGCUUGGAUCUUCGCACGGUUCCAAACCUUUGAUUCCAUAUUAUGAAAGCCUCGCUACACUGAAAAAUACGUGGAAAACCUCACAGGUCUACGCCAAUAUUUUCUGGAAGAGAUGGUUAAAAGAAUACCUGCCAACUAUCCGUCAUCGUUCCAAAUGGCACUACCCGGUGAAACCGAUUGUAGAAGGAGAUAUUGUCGUGAUAGUGGAUUCCGAUCUUCCCCGAAACUCAUGGCCAAAGGGUCGUGUGGUUAAAGUCAACGAGCGUAACGGACAAGUACGCAGUGCAACGGUGCGAACUUUAUUCAACGUCUACGAGCGACCAGCAGUCAAGUUGGCGGUACUUGACGUCGGUGCAACGGAGUGUAAGCAAGAUACUGGUUCUGGCUUACCGGGGGGGAGUGUCACGUCAUCUACGGACGCACCUCCGUCAUCAAGUGGACCCCACCAAAGUACGCCGUCACUGGUAGCCGAAAAACCUCAAAACGUUACGUUCCAAACGACUAACACAGGAAGAAUCGCUAGCUUGAAGAAGCAUUAAGUGCGUUUUAGUUUCGUAGAGGUAGUCUUGGCGUAAACCUAAGUAUUCCGCUGAACAUAGUCAGUGCCGAUCAUAGUUAGUGCCGAACCCGACCGGAGAACAGGUAAAACCUAAAUAAUACAACAAUUCAAAAUCCAAACAGUUGUAAACAAUUGCGUUUGCCAUAGGUUAAAAUCAGUGCUAGCCGUACCGUACGACACUCGAAUUUCGGACUGAACACAAUAUUAACAAAAAGGGCAUUAAACGUGAGUAGACAAAUGAUACAACACACACACACUAUAUUGUAAAAUUACACAAUUUAUUGCCAAAUCAAAUCCCUAAAUGCUGAAC